AUGGCGGGGGUCAGAGUCACCAAGGUAGACUGGCAACGCCCGAGGAACGGCGCUGCCCACCGCACCGAGGAGUACCCCUGCCCUGAGCUGGUGAUUCGCAGGGGCCAGGUGUUCAGCCUCACGCUGGAGGUGAGCGGAGCCCUGGACAGCGAUGAGAACUUCAUCUUCACGGUGGAGACAGGACCCCGGGCUUCCGAGGCCUUCCACACCAAAGCUGAGUUCGACACGUCGGAGCUGCAGGUGAGUGACACAUGGACGGCGGUGAAGGAGGCCCAGACGGAGAGCACCGUGGCCGUCAGCCUCAGCAGCCCGCCGGACGCCGCCAUCGGCCGCUACCUGCUGAGUGCCAGGGCUUCCUCCCGCCGCAAGCACAGUGACCGGAAGCUGGGCGAGUUCAUCCUCCUCUUCAACCCUUGGUGCCCAGAGGACGACGUGUUCCUGGACUCCGAGGAGGAGCGACAGGAGUACGUGCUCAAUGACAGCGGCGUCAUCUUCCGGGGCGUGGAGAAGCACAUCCGAGCCCAGGGCUGGAACUUCGGGCAGUUUGAAGAGGACAUCCUGACCAUCUGCCUCGCCAUCCUGGACCGAAGCCCCAGUCACCAAGCCUACCCAGCCACCGACGUGUGCCGGCGCUGCGACCCCGUCUAUGUCACCAGGGUCAUCAGUGCCAUGGUGAACAGCAACAACGACCGAGGUGUGGUACAAGGCCAGUGGCAGGGCAAAUACGGCGGCGGCACCAGCCCGUUGCACUGGAGCGGCAGUGUGGCCAUUCUGCAGAAGUGGUUCAAGGGCAGGUUCAAGCCUGUCAAAUACGGCCAGUGCUGGGUCUUCGCUGGAGUCAUGUGCACAGUCCUCAGGUGCCUGGGGAUCGCGACACGCAUCGUGUCCAACUUCAACUCGGCCCAUGACACGGACAGGAACCUGAGCGUGGACAAGUACGUGGACUCCUUCGGGCGGACGCUGGAGGACCUGACAGAAGACAGCAUGUGGAAUUUCCAUGUCUGGAAUGAGAGCUGGUUUGCCCGGCCGGACCUGGGCCCUGCUUACAAUGGCUGGCAGGUUCUGGACGCCACCCCCCAGGAGGAGAGUGAAGGCGUGUUCCAGUGUGGCCCGGCCUCGGUCACCGCCAUCCGGGAGGGCGAUGUGCACCUGGCCCAUGACAGCCCCUUUGUGUUUGCGGAGGUCAACGCCGACUACGUCAUCUGGCUGUGGCACGGGGAUGAGAGCCGGGAGCGCGUGUACUCGGACACAAAGAAGAUCGGGCGAUGCAUCAGCACCAAGGCGGUGGGCAGCGACUCCCGCGUGGACAUCACGGGCCUCUACAAGUACCCAGAAGGGUCGCGGAAGGAGCGGCAGGUGUACGGCAAGGCUGUGCGCAAGCUGUUCGGGGCCGACGCCCGCGGGAAGCGCGCGCGGGCCCGCAGGAGCGCCGGGCGAGCUCUGUGGCGCGACGCCCUCCUGGAGCCGGCCCCCACGCCCAGCAUCACCGGCAAGUUCAAGGCGCUGGAGCCGCCCGUGCUGGGCCACGACCUGAAGCUGGCGCUGUGCCUGGCCAACCUCACCGCGCGGGCGCAGCGCGUCCAAGUCAACGUGAGCGCCGCCACCAUCCUCUACACCCGAAAGCCCGUGGCGGAGAUCCUCCAGGAGUCGCACGUGGUGAGGCUGGGCCCCCAAGAAGAGAAGAAGAUCCCGAUAGUGAUCACUUACUCCCAGUACAAAGAGGACCUGACAGAGGACAAGAAGAUCCUGCUGGCUGCCAUGUGCCUCGUUUCCAAGGGAGAGAAGUUGCUGGUGGAGAAGGAUGUUACUCUGGAGGACUUCAUCACCAUCAAGGUGCAGGGCCCAGCUGUGGUGGGCGUGGCAGUUGUGGUGGAAGUGACGGUGGUGAACCCCCUGUGGGAGAGAGUGGAGGACUGUGUGCUGAUGGUGGAGGGCAGCGGCCUUCUUCGAGGACAACUCAGCAUCGACGUGCCCACCCUGGAGCCCCAGGAGAAGGCUUCGGUCCGCUUCAGCAUCACCCCUUCCAGGAGCGGCCCCAGGCAGCUGCAGGUGGACCUCGUCAGCGCCCACUUCGCGGACAUCAAGGGCUUUGUGGUUAUCCACGUGGCCGCAGCCAAGUGA